AGGUCUGAGCGAAUCAGAGAACAGUACUGGAGAAUUAGGCAUUUGUUUAGUCUGGAAGUUUUGAUGGAGUAUAUAGUCCAGCCAUUUUGUUUUAAUAUAUGUGGUAAAAAUAGUUUUAUUUUCUGUUUUGUUUAAUUAUACAUUACUUUCUAAUGCAUUCAACUUAAAAUUAUGGACGGAACAAUCAGUUUAGAGUCCUUCAAAGAGAAGAUCGAAGAUGCAGUUGCAAUGGUUCAUGCUAUGGAUGCUGAGAAUAAACUUAAAGCUGUCCACUUCUGGAAUAUUGUAUCAGAGAGAUUACAGGAUAUUGUCAACCAUUCUGUGGAAGAUAUCAGUGCUCUCACGUUUCAGAUGGAAGGACAAAAACUUCCAGAUUAUAUUGAUGCCUCACAAUUGGUAUCCUUGGGCAUGGCUCCGACAUUCAUGACAAGAUAUAUAUCUGACAGUGAUUGUGCUGUAUCACCAAGUGGACGGCGUGGUAGACCAUUCAAACAUGUUAAUGGACACCUGAUUGUUGCGGAUACCAUGCAAAAUUUGGAUUUGUUACAAAGCAGUGAAGUACAGCAUGUGGCAUUGGAAGUGGAAGGAGGUAUAGAUGCACAGCAGGUGACAUUGGAGGAAGUGGAUAUGGGGGCAGAAGAGACAGUAGAUGAGUCUGUCAGUAGAGCAGAUCAAGAAAGAAACUCAGGACCAGUAACUGAAGGUUCAGCACCAAAUGCUACUCCAUCAGAAAUUCAAGUUGGAGAGAUGAGUGAAGAAAAUAUUAAUGAUGGCAAUACUGUACAUUUAAUGAUAACAGCAAAUUCACAAUCUUUACCACAUAAAGAACCUGGCUUGCAAUCUGUUUUGCAAAGAAGGGGAUGUCGAGGAAAGAAGAAAGAGGGAGAAAAUGGAAGACAGACAGACACAGAUGAUGCUCCUUAUGAGUGUGAAUAUUGUCAGAGAUCAUUCAACACCCCCUCACAACUAACAACUCACUCCUGGACACAUACCAAGCCCUACACCUGCAUUGACUGCCAAGCUCGGUUCUCCUCCAGAGGAAAUCUUAUUGUUCACCGCCGUCGACAUAGUGGUGAAAGGCCAUACUCAUGCCCUAGUUGUGAUGUAAGCUUCAGCACAAAAGGCAAUUUAAAGCGUCAUUACAAAUCACACAGUGGUGAGAAACCUUGGCAGUGUACUCAGUGUGGAUCGCGCUUUACAGAAAAGAAGUCUCUUAAAGUUCAUAUGCGACGGCACACUGGAGAGAGACCAUACCAAUGUUCUGUAUGCCUGAAGGCUUUUUCACAAACCAGCAUACUCCAGUCUCACAUGGCCAUGCAUCUAAAUCAACGGGCACAUUUGUGUAACCAGUGUGGUAGAUCAUUCAGACAGAAAUCUCAGCUACGGCUUCAUGAACAACGACAUGCCGGACUACGAAAGUACCAGUGUACACUUUGUCAAUUUAAAUUCCUUACAAAAGGUGACAUGGAACGUCACAAGCGGGUACACACAGGUGAACGGCCUUUUGUGUGUGAAGAAUGUGGAAAAACUUUCACUCGACAGCAAUCCCUCAAUGAACACAUGAACCGGCACUGGGGUCUGAAACCUUACCAAUGCAAGUAUUGCAGGAAAGGUUUUGUGGAGAUGUCGGCUUGCUACAAACAUAUUAAGAUGCAUGAGAGGUCUAAGUCUGAGUCUGAGAAUGCAAAAUCAGAAGCCAACAUUGACUUGCAAGAUGGUGGAAAUGGGAUUAGUCCAUCCACAGUGGACUCAGGCAAAUUCACAUUGCUAGUACAAGGUGCUGAAGCAAAUCUGGAUGUUGAAGAGGAACAUUUAUUGUCAAACAGAGAAGGGCCUCCAGACAAAGCUGGUAUUACAACAGUUGUCAUUCAGAGAUUACCAAAGAAUGCAAUGGCAUUGUACAGUUCCAAGAAUAUAUCAGUACCAUCUGGUCCAGAUACGCAACAUUUAUCUGACAACAAAAAUGAACUAAUGAAAACAAGAAAUGUAGUUGAACCUGUAGCAGAAGUUUCAUCUGAGCAUCAAGAUAAUCAGAACAUUCAUUUUACUGCAAUGAAUUUGUUGGCUUCAGCAUCUACAUUUCAGCAAGGGAAUUUUUAAUUAUAAAAAAGAAAUAUGUAUUUUUUAGAAAGUUCUGAUAUUGUUUUAAGGAAAGUUGGAACAGUUUUGUUCACCAUCAUGUCACAGAUUCAGUCUACAAGAGCAGUAAUAAAUUUGUGGCUUGCAGACCACCAGCUGAAGUGAUGGAGAUCUCUCAAAUGAAGGGGUUGUGCUCUUCUAGUCCAAGUAUAGAUAUUUAGGGAACAAAAGACAUGUGCUUUAAAUAUAGGAACUUACCUAGCCUUUAGGCAGCGUUAUUGCCUUUAUGUUAAGUCUGACUUGUACGUUUCCAGAGCUGGACCUUGCAUUAAAUAUAUUGUACAGA